AUGGGGGAAGAAAAUUACACACCAGAUGGUUCCACUAGCAGCUGUAGCAGUGGUGGCACAAAGAAUCUGGAUUUUAGAGAAAUUCAAAAGGAAAUAAGCGAAUUUAAAAUUAAGCAAAACGAGACGUUCAAUUUUUAUUUAGACAGUAUUGACAAAUUGCUGGAAAAAGUUCAAAAGGCCAAAAAAAAUGUAGAAGAAAAAAUAAAAAAAAAAAAAGACACCAUUAAGGUGGAGAAUGAUAAAAUGCGUGAAAAUGCAAAUGUGAAUGGGAGUACUGCCCAGAUUAAUCUCACCAAUCUGACUACAAGUGAGGAAAAAAACAAGUACGAUAUUAAGGAGCUAGUAAAGGACGUCAAAGAACUGAAAAUUACGGAAAAGGUGAGUGAAGAAAAUAAAAAAUUUUACAACAUUUUGUUGUCAUCUUAUAGGGGCAUCAUAUCAUUGAUAAAACAGGAAACCCCAGAAAUUUUCAACAACAAGGGCGAUUUCUUUAUGUACUAUGUGUUAAAUAAAGAAAUUCUGGAAAAAAGAAAAAAAAAAAAAAUGGAAAAGGAUACGCCUGUGGUGAGUGGAUUGGGUCAGAAUUCAGUCCCCAAUGAAAAGAUACAAUUAUGCAAUGAAGGGAAGGUGGCCACCGACGGGUUGCAGGCGGGCGGUAGUAAUAGGCCAUCCGAAUGUUUAGCUAACAGUGGCGAUGGGAAAAGCGGAAAGGCGCAGCGGACCGUCCAAUCUGGGCAGUCAACUUCGCCAUGGGGGGACGGAGCGUUGUAUAGUGGGAACCCAUUUCCGGGUGCGCCCGUCGAGGGGGGGACAUUUCAAAAUGGUCAUGGAGAUGGCUCCGAAAAUGGCUCCCCCUCGAGUCUUCACACCACUGAAGCCUCAGGGGUGAAUUGUCCCAAGAAGGAGAAAAAAAAUCCCCAGGGACAACAGUAUACAGUCCUCCUUAACAACAUAAAGAGUGCCAAGGUUGCGUACUCGAAGAGUGAUCUAUUUUCCCAGCUGAAAAAAGAAUAUAUAAGCAAAAUAUCUUUUGAAAAUGACACAGAAAAGAUCGAAUUUGAGCAUGCAUUAAUUGAGAAGGAAGUAUUCGAGGGGUAUACAAAACUGCACAGGAUUUUGUAUAACCUGAAGAGGUUCCAAGUGGACACAUGUAUCGAGUGGUACAAUAACUGUAGCGAAACGACAAGGAAGAAGUAUGUAAAACUAAUUUAUUUACUACACUGUAUUAAUUAUUUAACGUAUUCGAGGGAGGAUAAGGAGAAGGCACUUAGCUGCUUAAGGGACCUCAUGAUAAACUACAGUGAAAAUAAAUCACACAUAUCGAGACUGAGCACGUUCAUUUGCAUCGGUGUGGAUAACCUUUUCUUUAAAAGUAUGUUUUCCAAUGUCCAUUCGAAGGUUUUCAAUUUUUUCAAGAGAGCUUUCAAUGAGGAGGGGAUCCUCAUCCCCGUGCCGAAGAAAGACAAGCGGGCAAGGGAAAACCUUCAAAAUUGCCCAAAUUGUGAAAAUCGUCAAAAUUAUCCAUAUUGUCCAAAUUGUGCAAAUUGUCCAAAUCGUCUGAAGGAUGGCCUACCCCACGAUGGGACUGCACAUUAUCGUGACAAUAAACAAGGAACCAGUUUGGCUAGCCAAAUGUCGAAAAAACGGAAGAAAAAAAAAAAAAAAAAAGUAACCUCCCGACAUAGUGAGGAUAACCAGGAUGAGGCCUCCGAUGAUGAUCGCCGGGAUAAGCGUACUGUGGCCGCUUUGUCAAAAAGAAAGGAAAAAAAACUGGCCAAAUUGGUACAAAAGAGAAAGGAAAAAAUGAAAAAAAUAAAAACAAAUGAGAACAUUUUGAAGAGAAAAAUAAGGAAAAAUAAAGAAAAUGUGAUGGGCAAAAAAUCCAAGAAGAAAAAAAAAAAAAAAAAAAAAAAUAUACACCCUGCAAGUAUGACACAUCAGCAGGUGUACCGCCUCAGCAACAAAAUAAGGAGUACUGAGGGGCCACUAAUUCAUAACGACAUAUAUAAGGAGAAGUACGUUCACUACGAUUCGGACGAUACGUAUGGCAACACGGGGGAGGAAGAAGAUGCCACUCUCCCGUUAAGCGAAACGUUUAUAGAAAAUCGAAUAGAUGAGUUUAUUAGAAACGAAAAGAGGAUGAGCAACCCAUUUUUUUACGACCCAGCAGAUGAGCAUUAUGUAAAUGGAGAGAGAUUGAUUUUGCCCAAUGUAAGAUACGCCAGUCUUGGAAGGAAAACACACAGUGGAGACGUUUCUGUUGGAAGAGCAAAUUCCCAGGGAGACAGCGAAGCGGAUGACAAACUGAACAAAGGAUGGUACAGCCACGUUUUCAAAUGUACGAAAGAUGUUUUUGUAGAAGUAAAUGCAGGAAAAAAAGAAGCCAAUUUUUCAAAAAACGAAAGGGAAGAAAACCAAACGUGGGAAAACGAUUACAAUUACCAUCAUCGCAGAUGUAAGAAUGAGAAGAAGGAACCAGAAGCUGUCUAUUUGUACGAACUGAGCGAAAAUGAAUUUUCGCACAUGUACCAAAAUGAUAGCUCCUAUAUUACCUACAAAACGUUAAAAAAAGCAGCACAGUUUUAUGACCAUAAUGACACAAAAAUUAUGGGAAGCACUAAUAAGAAUUUAAAUAGUGGCUAUAUAAACUUCCUAAAUGUGAGUAGCACAUAUUGUACGAGCAAUUCCUACUAUGAGAGGGGUUCCCGUUUAUGCUUUCUGCAAAAUAAAGGUAGUGAAUGUGUUAAUUAUUCCAAACAACCAAGUGGUUACAGUUGCAACAUAUCGGAAACACAUUCAUUUCGUGCGCUAACGAACUCGUGCUUUAUGAAAAAGCCAAACAGUUUGAAGAGGAAAUUUGCCAAGUGUAAAUAUUUAGCGCGUAAUGGUAGAAGUGAAAAGACGAGCGAAAAGAAGAUAAAAAAAAUGGACACAACGUUAUCCUCCACGGAGUGUGCAGCCAGCGUGCAUGUGGGGGAUUCCCCAAGUAGUGCAGCGUUAUUAUCACAAGAAGAGGGGAAAAAAGGCAGCAUAGGUGAAGGAAAAACCGUGAAUGUUACUAACCUUUCCAUCUGUGACAAACAGAAGAAAAACAAAAAUACGAGGGGGAAAGACAAGGAAAAACAAGAUUACCGUGACGAUGACAACGACGAUGAUGAUGAUGGUGUAGUAGUGGGUGACCUAAUGAACAGCAGUAGCGCUACCCCGUCAACAAAGGUUAAAAACGUGGAUGAAGAUUUUGAGUCGUUUAAGGAGCAUCUGGGGGGAGACACAGAGCAGUGGGGUAGUAGCUCACAAAGUUAUAAAACCCCCAGCUCGGACAGAGCCAUGAUGGAUUCAAGUGAAGACGAGUUUCACUUCUCCACCUCUGCCAGUUCGGACGAAAAUGCAAAAAAAGACCUGAACAAAGUGAAAGAACAAGUAGAUUUGAUAAAGGAAGAUUUCAUAAAAAAAAACACUGCCAUUGCUUUGCUGAACACGAAUAAUAUACAGGCAUACAAUAGGGCCAUAUUAGCUGCAAAAAACACGAGGGCAAACAAAACCCCCACCGAUGUCAGCAGAAUUGUACUCACCCAUGCUUUAACCAAUAGAGAAAUGUAUACCCUACAUAGUUCUCUGUCUAACUAUAAAAACAAUGCGGAGUUUCGACGUAUCUGUCUGAAGUGGAAAGCCAAGAAGGAGAAGAGAAAGGAGCGACUCAGGGGAAAGGGCAAGAGCAAUCGUAUCGAUGACGAUAAGCAGAAGAAGAAAAAAAAAAAAAAAAAAAAAAAAAGUACAAAGGGUAGCGAAAUUGGUAAGCAGAAUAAGGGGAAGGAAAAUAAGAACAAGGAGGGAGAAAAGACAGACACAUCACAUAAGGGAGUGGAAGAGAAGAAAGAACAACAAAUUGUAGAGCAAUCACAAGUGGGGCAGAAUGUCCCAUCUGUAGAGGAAAAGCUUCAGGAAAAGGUCGAAGUGGAGGAAAAAAUAAUUGCUCCAUCGGAUUCGAAUGCCGAGGGUGCCCCUUCUACCGGGGAAGGAAGAAGCGCCGAGGUUUUACCAACCCAUUCGGAAGUAGGGACCCUCCCCGAAAAUGCUCAAGAGCGCGAACCAAAAAUGGAAGAAGAUGCAAUCGUUUUAUCUGAAAAAUGCGAAGAAGGAAAAGAAGGUCAUGGUGAUGAGGUGCACGCAGAGCAGGAUCGUAAGAGCGAAUCUGCCAAAAAGGAAGAAGACUCGCAUGGUGCCUUAAAGGAAGAGGGAGUCAUUCCGGAAGGCAGCACGGAAGAGACUAGGAACAACUCAAGUGGUGCUGGUAACAAUGCGAACUAUGCUACUGAGCAGAGAGGGGAGGAAGCAGUGCACAACGAGGGAGUGACGCUGGUAGAAGCGGUGGAAGCAGCAGGCCAAAGGACAGACCCCCCAGCAGAAGAACACCCCAAGGAUGAAGCAGUCGAAGGGAACCGGAACGAGGGGGAAAGGCAGGAUUUGCAGAAGAAAAACGAGGCAGGUUCAGAAGAAAAACCACACGAAACGGAUAACCCGAAGGACGGAGAAAAGGUCAAACGCAAGGAAAACGCCGAGGCAAAAAUGAGGAAAGAAAAAAAGGGAGUUUUCUUGGGGUCCUACAAAAAGAACUUCAAAAAGAGGAGGUAUGACCCCAAUUUUUUUUACGACGAAAAGAUGCAAGUCAAGAUGAAGAGAAAAAAAAACGAGAAAAGUGACAACAAGGUCGCUAAGAGUAAAAAGGACGGUUGGGGGGGCUCCAGGAGCGCCAAGUGCUCAGCAGGUAAAAGAGGACCUCGUGGAAGAGGCCGAGACAGCGACAGCAACGGUGAAGGAAAGAAGAAAAAGGACUCGAGCAAAAAGGACAAAAAAAGAAAUAAAGAGAAAAAGAAGAAAAACGACAAGAAAGGAGAGCCACAAGAUAGUAAGGACCCCGGGAAGGAGCAGAACAUCGCAAGUUGUGAGGAUACCAAAAUGGAGAAGGGAAGAAAAAAGAGCUGCAAGGAGAAAAAGGUUUACAUCCACUUGGAGAGCCCCCUGUCCGUCCUUGUAUGCGGAGGACUGAUCUCCUCGAAGAAGCUUAUAGAGGCCCAGACCAUCCUGAAGGAAAAUAACAGAAGACUACAGGAGGCGAAGAAUAGCUCCUCUCUAACUUUUCCCAGCGAGAGAAAUGCAGAAAAAUCCUUUGAUAAAUUUGGGAAGGAGAAAAAUAAAAAGAACAAGGGGAACGGUGCUCUCUUUUCAAACUCCCUGGCGGUAGAAGUCGAUUUGAGUGGAUGUUUUUUUUUUCACUCCUCCUUUACCUGCCCCAUUAGUCGGGACAAAUCGUCUAAGGAUAAUCCGCCCUACGUGCUGCGAUGCGGACACGCCAUUUGCAAGAGCUGCGUGGACAAAAUUCACGCGCAGAGGUCCAGACAGUUCAAAUGCCCCAUGUGCCCGCAAUACCUGCAUUUAAUAGAGAUAAUUCCGCUAUACUUUAACUAA